AUGACGUCAUCAACGUCAAGUGAUUCUUCGGGUGAUGAGAGAAAACUCCCAUCCGCAUAUCGCCUGAGCAACACUACUUCGAAGGCUUCAAGAAGACGUCGUCGCCAUUCUUCUACUUCUUCGUCUCACACUUCUGAUGCUUACGAUUCUGAUGUAAACCAGAAGAAUCGGGAAAGAAGCAGACGACGUGGAGGAAAACAUGAUGCUAGGGAGAGAAAUGAAGCGAAGGGGCGGAGCCAGAAAAGGAGAAAAAAGAGAGAUCGACCAAUGUGGAGAGAGGAGGGAGAGAUUUCAAAUGAAUCCGAACCAGAGCACUCAUCCUCCAGUAGCUCAAAUAGCAAUUGGAGCAACAACCAUUGUCGUCAAAAUAGAAGAAGAUCAAGAAGUAGAGAAAGAGAUUACGGAGUAGAUAGAUUCAGAAGUCAAGACUAUCAGAAUUCAGGUGGUCGACGAGUCGAAAGAUCCAGAAGACGGCGAUCACCACGAGAGACAUUCAAAUGUAACGAGUGUGGAUGUACGCUUUUUUCAAUUAAGGCCCUAAUCCAUCAUCAAAUGAACGAUCACAAUCUUGAUGCGCAGUGUCAUUUGUGCCAGAAGAAAUUCGAAACGAAGAAUUCGUUCAGAGAGCAUUAUGAAUCGAAGCACACUCAGGAAGUGGUGAAAUGUGUCUUCUGUAAAAGCACAUUUGAUAAGCCACUAGAGAUGAAAGAUGACAAGUGGACCGAAUUCUUCGCGCAUCUUUAUGGGGAAAUCCUCUACUCCCGUCUUGCCGAACAUGAGGAACGACGAGUUGGCAAAUGA